CCCCUUCUUGGCACAAGGCUCGCCUUGCUGGCGACUGGGAAGCGGAAAUCCCCCUCUGUAUAGCUUGGGAGUGCUCCACCGUUCGGCGACAAUGAGGGAAACUGUAGGCUUCGGUGUGCUGGCGGUGUUCCUGCUCCAGGCGUCGCCAGCGUCGGGCUUUGGUGGCGGCCCGCUUAUGAGACCUUCCAAAACUGGCGGGUCUCCCGCCACCAGCACGCGCUACAGCUCCUGCCCACGCACAUCCAAAAGGCAGGAGGAGCACGGCCGCGGCGGCUUACUGGUGCCGGGAGCGACGGUGGAUGGGGCCGGGGGAAAGGAGGAGCCGGCGAAAGCGAAAUCUGCCCCCAAGAAGGCCGUCGGCGGCUUGGCGGGCUGGGACUGGGGCUUCAAGUCCACGGUCAAGAAGCCUGCUGCUGCCCCUGCUAAAGCUGAGCCUGUUGCUGUGAUGAAAGCGGAGACCGGCGGGGACGGCGGCGGCGGCGGUGAUGACGGGGUCGACGCGAAGGCUGAGAAGGCGGCUCUCGAUGCCGAGGCUGCCGAGAUCGCCGAGGUUAAGCGCAAGGCCGCGGCGGAGAUCAAGGCCGAGCAGGCCGUGGCGGCAGCGGAGGCUGCCGGGAUCGCGGAGGUGGAAGAGGUCAAGCGCCAAGCGGCCGCCGAGAUACUGGCCGAGCAGGAGGAAGCGAAGGCGCGGAAGAAGGAGAUCGCCGAGCGGGCCGCAAAAUCUAAGCGAGCCGAGGAAAUGGCUGCGAUCGCCAGGGGGGACGCGCCCAAGAAAGCAGCAGCCAAGAAGCCCCCAAAGGAGGACGAGAAGGGGGAGGAGAAAAAGGCUGAGCCCGCUAAGGCUGAUCCCGCUAAGGUUGAGUCCACGAAGGCCAAGCCCGUUAAGGCCGAGGCGGCUAAAGCUAAGCCGGCUAAGGCCGAGCCCGCGAGGAAGAGCAGCGCCGGCACGGGAGGGUGGGACUGGGGGUUCAAGUCCACGCCCAGGAAGACUGCCGCCAAGCCCGCCGCCGCCGGCGCUGUGAAAGCUAAGCCUGCUGACGAGAAAGCGGAGGCCAAGAAGGAGGCCAAGAAGGCCAAGGCCAAGGCCCUGGAGGAAGGCAGGGCCGCCGCCGCCGCAGCCGCAGCCGCGGAGGCCGAGAAGAUCGCCGAGAUCGAGAGGAAGGCCGCCGCCGAGAUCGAGGAGAAGGCGGCGGCGGCGGCGAAGGCCAAGGCGGAGGCCAAGGCCGAGGCCGGCGCCGCCAGGGCCCGGCACGAGCAGCGCGCCCAGGAGAUGGCCGCGGAGGCCAGGGGGGAUGUGCCGAAGCCGAAGAAGAAGGCCGCACGUAAGAAAAAGAGCGCCGGCACAGACGACAGGAAGAAGGAAGACGGUGACAAGAAGAAAGAAGACGCCGAAAAGAAGACGAAGAAAUCGAAGAAGGCCACCAGCAAGAAAGAGGAAACCCCUAAGGACGACAAGAAGGACGAUGCCGCCGGUGGCGGCGACGAAGCUGCUGCUGACGGUACCGAAAAGGAGGGGGGAACGGCGGCCGAAAAGGGAACGCCGGCCAAGACGGAGAAGAAGGCGUCGACUGGUGGGGGCGGCGGCGGCUGGGGUCGUUUCGGGUUCGCGCCGCCGAGUAAAGAGGCCAGCACCAGCAGCAUCACCCUGACUAAGCCGGAGACGAUCGUGGUGGUCACCGGCGCCACCGGACGGGUGGGAUCGCUGGCGGUCCGGCGCCUGCUCGAGCUGUACCCCAACGUGCUGGUGAGGGCCGUCGUCACCGACAUGGCAAAGGGAAAGAGGCUGCUCAAGGAGGAGAUCGACAAGUACGGCAUCAAGCUCGAGAUUGUGUCUGCCGAGCUCGGUGGGAUGCGUUCGGCGGCGAAGGUGGUGGCAGGAGCGUCCGCCGUCGUCUUCUGUGCCUCUGGCUUCGCACAGAAUCUGUCUCCCAUAGAGAGGCUGGCCAACGCGGUAAGGCUGACCAUCAACCCCAGCUCGGUGGCAGACGUGGAGGGUGUUCGCGACGUGGCAACAGCCCUCAAGGCCACCAAGAAGCUGGUGUCGAAGGCCUCCAAGGCUCAGCAGGAGGCCAAGGGUAAGGCCGAGGAGGGCGGGAAAGCCAAGGAGGACGAAGAGCCCGAACCCCUCUACCCGAACGCCCCAAGAUUCGUGCUGCUGUCGUCGGCUGCGGUGACCCGGCCUAACUGGAGUUCCGAAGACAAGGCGCUCUAUCCCUUGUCGGCGGACGUGCCGAUCGUGAAGCUGAACCCGCUCAACAUCCUCACGGUAAAGGCCCAGGGGGAGAAGGAGCUCCGAGAGGUGGGCAUCCCCUACGUGGUGGUGAGGCCGUGCGGUCUAAACGACGACCACCCGAGGGGGAGGCCAAUAUUCUCCGUGGGCGACACGGCCGCGGGGAGGAUAUGCAGGGAGGACGUCGCGGACGUGCUGGUGCGGUGCCUGGGCACUCCUGAGGCCACCGGAAAGACCUUCGAGGUUCAGUCGCUGCCCGGAUUCGAAAAGGUGGCCUCUUCGGUGAAGACCAACAACAAGGGGAACAUCGACCAAGCACUGGCCGGCCUGCCCACCGACGAGUCUCUGUCGAAGGAUCCGGAGAUGCUCAAGAACUUCAGGCGGUACACCUACCCCGUCCUCACGCAGCUCCGCCCGGUCCCGCUGGUGCAGAUGUCCAACAACGAUGAGAAGGAGAAAUGAGGAGUGGGCGAGGAAGAGAGGAGGAGGGGCGGUUGGUCGCGCUGACAUUUUCGUACUGGCGUUGUCGGGGGAUUAGCGACAAACAAUGAUGGCUGUGGCCCGGUGCCCUCGUGCCCGUAGUGGUGCACGGGACGGCGGGUGGAGAGGGGGGAGGGCGUGCCGUCCGCGCUGCCAGCGGGCCUUUGUUGCGGAGGUUUUAGGCAUGGCGGCUGGUUUGGGGUCUAGAGGAAAGGGCAGCAAGUAGUUUACGAGCAGUCUGUUUGGGAGGAAUGGCGAUGGGGACUCACGUGAGCAGUCAACUGAGGGCCACGGUGUUUCGGUCGAUCAGAGGCUGGCUCUUCGCGACGGGAGGCCACAGCGGGAGACUUUUUACAGUCGAAUACAUGUAGAUGAUCAGGGAGGGUGUAGGGAGUGACGGGGGAGACGUGAUUCAGAGAUCAAGUGAUUCGGGGACCAAUCAAGUCCAUUGGCGUGUCGGGUGGAAGGGAGUGGCUGUGCUUCCUUCUCGACUGGAGAGCGAAGCACCAAUAGUGGGGAAACCUCAUCGGACGGGGCACCAGGAUAGUUGGCGACCAUUGGGGCUGACGAAAAGCAAACUAUCAGACAAACCUUUGGAAGAGUGGGUGGCGGAGCAGUUUUCACUGCGAAGAGCGAUGAAAUCUUGCAAGAGUCUGGACUGGAAGAACGUCACGGAGGCGAGUAGUACUGGGAACGGCUGGGCAUGAAAGAGGGCCCUGAUGGAGGAGUGGUGCCUGGAUUUGACUGACUCUCCGCGGUUCCUCUUGAGCGGCGCUGCUACAGAACUUUCUGGAGAGCGUAUUUUGGCAGUCGAGAAGGAGAGGUGUCUCAAGUCAGCAUUGAUUUAGUGAUGCUACGUACAGGUCGAACCAGUCCGUGAAUGCGUGCUUGUGCGGCAAUGAUAGUGCCGGUGACGAUACACACACUUUGAUGUUGGGGGACAGGACACCUCAUUUGUACUUCAAUGCCAUUGUCGUUUGUUGUAGCAGAUGCUUGUUCUUGACACCAUAAAUUACCAAAAGAACGUUUGUUGUAGACUAGAUUUCGUUGAGAGGUUCCAAAGGUUUUUGGAAGGGCGCGGUCUAAGUUGCUCGACGAACAUGUACGUCGUCUUGACAUCUAUAACGCGCCGCUCCGACGUAAAACGGAAUAGGCCAUUAUGAAAUGAUCGAAAUCAGCUUGCCCCCUUUUCGAGGCGGUGUGCAGUGUAUGGAUCCUUUGUUUUGCUUUUUGGGAUCGGUCGGGCAUUGUUUGUUGCAGAGAGGUCGUCGAAACGCUGGCGAUUGGGUAGCGCGGAAGGCAGCGGGGGAAGAAGUUUGUGCCCUCUUCGCACUUUUUUUAGAGAAGCUUCUGUUCUGGUUCAACACUGUCGGCACAAGCGUCAUGGUGGCUUUUUGUCUGGGGUGUUAGUGCUUGAAAUGGGUUCGACAAAUUCCGGGUACAGAGAUACUUAUGUAUGUGGUUUCUUCAUGCCUACUCUUCGGUGCUCGCUCACGGUCUGGAUGGAUGACCCGUGCUUGUUCUGUUGAUUGAUGUGUGUUUUGUCAAGAUAUAUCGGAGCUGGUCGAGUUAGGUAGGAUCGCGAUUGGUUGUCGUUCUUGUUUGUCCAUGUUGGAUUGUCGCCACGCCGCGAGUACCAUGGCACCGUGCUAGACACACACAUGCUUUCAUUCCACGCAUGAAAGUAAGGAAGUGUGGUAUAGCAAAAAAAUGAGUUUUGGUGAACAGUACAUGCUGUUCCAUGCGGAUGUUCACGUUGUUGAUGGCUUGACCGAGGAGGACCUACGCAUGUAUACAUAUACCCCGGUCGCCCCGGUGGUCUAGU